AUGGCCCACGACACCGAUGAUCCGUCGAGGAUCCAGCCUUCGCUGACGUCGAGCCUGGACGUGACUGCGACUGAUGAGUCGAUUUCGUCGACUGUCGCCUCUCCUCUGGAGACUUCGUCGUCGAAUGGUCAGGCUUCGCUGGUGUCGGGCCUGGUUAUGACUGAUUCGUCCUCGUCGACUGUCGUCUCUCCUCCGGAGACUUCGUCGUCCGCUGGCCUCACUCCCACUGAGACCUCGUCGUCCUCUCUGGUGUCUCCUCCUGGUACUUCGUCAUCUACCGUCCCUACUACCCCACGGAUCUCGUCGACUGAGGGCCCUGCCACAGCCACUCCAGUCAUGAUAGAUAUGGGCUCUUCUUCCUCUCAGCCAGAGAUCGAGGCAGAUGCAUUCCUCGAAUCUAUGAGUGCCGUCCUGAGUCCAAAGCUGAAGACACAGCCAACUCAGGGGCCGAGCUCGGUCCGCGAACACUCCAUGUCUGCACCUUUCGUCUCUCCUCCUGGCAGGAUGAAUGCCUCGUCCUCUAUGCCUACGGUCGCGGAGCCUAACACAGGUCCUCCUCGAUCGGGCUCAGCUAAGGCAACACGCAUGGCGAGUAUGCCCCCUGGAACUUUCAAGGCCCAGUUGGCCGUACGGGGAAAUGCACCUCCACCUAUGAUGCAUGGUCAAGGUUUCGGUCUGGGGCCAUCUAUUCCAGCAUCGGAGGUCUGGAAUGGAUUUGUGUCCUCUCAAACCGGUGCACCAUUUGCACCAGCUCCCUCGGGUAGUCCAUUCGGAAACCUACAGCCGGGAGGAGUGCCCGGGUUUAAACCAAAUCUUGCGGCCGUUCCCCAGCUUGUCGCGGGAAACACUGGUCAUCAGGAUGCUGAGCAGAAGUCUCUUGGGUCUCUUACACUGGACACACUUUCGGAUUCGGAUGUCCUGUUUUACUUUGGCACGCUGUGUGCCAUGGCACGGUUGUCUCCACAGUUUCUAUUCAAAUACGGAGGCAAAAACGGGAAACAGGUGGGCGUACGGCUUCUGAUGUACGGGCACACCAUUCUGGUCGCGGCCGAAGCAGAUACGGCCUAUAUGGCCAGAGUGGUUGCCUGUCGUCGGGCCUUAACGGAGACGCAGACAUACCACCCAGAGUGGCUAGUUCCUCCACUGCCAAUUCAUGGAGCCACUGGAGCGCACUGGAACUGGGUCAGCUUGCUUGAAGCAUUCUGUACCGAAAUUGGCUGGUCUGCACCGACUUACAACACGGGUAUCUUGGGCAACCUUUGGCACAGUGAGCUCUCUGUCAAUGAUUUCUUCUUCCGUACUUUUCAGGGGUGCGGGAGUAUGGAUGAGGCCCAGAACACUGUGUCGCAUCAUGCCUUGUAUCAGCUGCUGGCGACGGAUAACAUCGAUGUGGGUAAUAUCCUACCUCUGGACUCUCCCUUGCUGGUCUUGCCCGAGGUCAAGAAGCCUGUAAUGCCUCCCACCGAGGAGGCAAUAAGGAAAAAGACCAGCAUGCUGUUGAAUGCAAUCGAGUCUUUGAAACCGUAUCCUGACGAGGCUGGCCAACCUCAGGCUCUGCAGGAUACGGUUGAUGCGCUGGACCGCCUUCGGAAGGAUGAGACAAAGCCAACUGGCAAGGUUUCUGGCCUGUCUGGUGGCAAAAUUGCGAAGCAGCAGGCGAAGCCAGUCAAGCCUGUACAUAAGGAGGCCCAGAAGAAGCCGCCCACUGCCCCGGGAAAGGCAAAGCCAAAGAACCCCCCUGCCCCGCUGCCAGCGAAGCCGCGAGCCCCGAAGCGACGAGGCCGAGGUGGAGGUCCCCGUCAUGGCAAAGAACGCCUUACGCCUCCUCAGCAGUCCAAGGCCAAAGGUAAGGAGGCUGAAGUCGAGUCCUCAGGUUCUCAGUCUCCGUCAAAGAAUGCCAACAUGGUGCCGCUUACAAAGUCUCGACUGGCUCCCGUGGAAAUGGAGUACGAGCCAAUUGUGGAUCAGUUGGCAACGCUGAAAGCUGUCCAGGAAGGGCUGGGUGCACUGAGUCCCCAUGCCUCAUUCCUGCGAUUGAUGAAGACUAUGUGCCAUAUUCUGCAGAUUGAGGAGCCUGAGAUCCGGUAUAAUCCAGCCCCGUACGACGCCUCUGGUCCAAUUCAUACUAUGCAUGCCUUCUUCAACGAUCCCAACCCUUUUUUGACCCGCGCCAGCCCUGUUUUCCUGGCUAACGUGGGAGGGAUUGACGAGGAGGAUGCGUACUCCCUGGGGGUAAAGAAGAUCAUUCUUUUCCUCCUUAAAAUGUGCAAGGACGAGGUUGAUAUGGACGUCCUGGAGUCCCGCUGGGAGAAAGAAUUGGAAUGGCUGAGUCGUUUGGAGCGCGAGGUUAAGGACCGACUGAGCCAAAGCCAGAUGGAGAUGGAGAUGUGA